AUGGAUGCUCACGAUGAAUUACGAUGGUUGAAGAACGAUAGUCGGAGUAGCAGUGAAAGAGACGGACCGCUCUCGAGUUCCGUCGAGUGCUACGCUUGCACUCAAGUGGGACUCCCGGUUUUCCAUUCCACCAGCUGCUCCAGUGUCUACCAGCCUCAAUGGGAAGCUUUUGCCGGCUCAUCGUUGCUCUCCGUCGAGUCCUCAUCCGGCCCGACUAAGAAUUUGACCCGUGCACGGUCGAUGUCCACCGCGGGUCCGUUCGGGAAAAUCUUAGAUCCACGAAGUGGGUUAGUUCAGAAGUGGAACCGUGUUCUUCUGGUUGCACGAGGCAUUGCUUUGGCGGUUGACCCCAUGUUCUUUUACACCUUGACUUUGAUGGUCACCGAUGGUGGCCCGCCGUGUGUCCACUUGGAUGGCGGGUUGGCAGCGAUCGUCACGUUGGUCCGGACCUGUGUGGAUGCGGUGCACUUGGCGCACAUAUGGCUUCAGUUCAGGCUGGCCUAUGUGUCCAAGGAGUCAUUGGUGAUCGGAUGUGGGAAACUUGUGUGGGAUGCUCGAGCUAUUGCCUCGCACUACGUGAGGUCUCUCAAAGGUUUUUGGUUUGAUUUUUUCGUUAUUCUUCCUGUCCCUCAGGUAGUAUUUUGGUUAAUUGUGCCAAAAUUGCUGAGAGAGGAGCAAUAUAAGCUAAUAAUGGCAAUACUUUUAGCAAUGAUUUUGUUCCAAUUCCUCCCUCAGGUGAGAGUGGCCAUCGUUGAGUUGUGGCCGACGAGUGAGAGUGUCGGCUGUUGGUGGCCGGAGGUGAGCGUAGGGAGGGUCUUUGUUAGGGUCUUGGUUGAAAGCAAAGAGAGAGGAGAAGGUCACUUGGACCUUCGUUUUAACAUCCCUCGGCGGGCUCGAUCGUCGUUCGGAGCAUGGGGUGGUCACCAAGGGUCAAAUCGCAUUCCAAGUCCUCCCUAUUUCAGCGUAUCUUGCAUUUUGGUCACUAUCAGGGUAAAAGCAUCCUUAAGCCCUCAUAUUUUAGCUUCUAUUGCACUCUGGAGAGUGGCCAUCGAUGAGUUGUGGCCGACGAGUGAGAGUGUCGGUUGUUGGUGGUCGGAGGUGAGCGUAGGGAGGGUCUUUGUUAGGGUCUUGGUUGAAAGCAAAGAGAGAGGAGAAGGUCACUUGGACCUUCGUUUUAACAUCCCUCGGCGGGCUCGAUCGUCGUUCGGAGCAUGGGGUGGUCAUCAAGGUGUUUUGGUUGUCGUUUAG